AUGCACAGGCGACCUAAGAAUGUAAAUGCUCCCCUGAAAGUUAAAGAAAAUGAGAGUGUCUGUCCUGAAGAGAAGGAGGAGGCCAUUUGCCCUGGUCUCUCAAAAUGCCAGAAGAUUUGCAAUGUGACUAAAUCAAAAGUCAUCAAGGCAUCCAGGAAGGAGAAUGUCAGUGACUGGAACCAAGUGCAGUUGCAAGAAUGCACCCUGAGAUACAGCACAGGCCUCGGGAAGGAAUCGUGCCACAACAAGGUAGAGGACGGUAGCUGUCAGUAUACUCGGAGCUUUUCUGGUUCACCAGCAAGGAAUGUGGUCAUUGAACCUCCCUUGCCUUUGAACAGCAAGGAAAAUUUGUCACGAAGUAGGCCUGUUUCUUUGGGUGGUGAAUACUACUUCACACCUAAUAGAAACAAAGCAGAAGAAUCUGAUUGUGGAAUAUCAGAGAAAUAGAAAACUGUUGGUUUUGCAUCUGUAACAACUGGUGAAUUUGGGAUUACUCAAGAAAGCUUCACUAUACCAUCUCUUGGGAAAUCUCCAACUCCAUUAAAAUUUUGCCGAAGAUCAACAAUUGGAGUACGGGGUUCACCAGAAAAUAACGCCCUUAUUCAGUACCUUGCCCAGCAGAGAAGCAAAAGGAAAAAAGCAGCUUUUGCACAGGUUAGUCCUUUAAAAUACAAACCUGCCAGGUUGUUGAAGGACAAGUUAUAUGCUUUUCAAACAUCUUUUAAAUUUGUACAAGAAGCUGAAGUGGAAACUGGCUCCUCUGGACUGUCACAAGUGGAUGCUGCUUCCCAGGGAACGGGCUCUUCUCAGAACAAAGUCUGUUUUACAGAAGAGCAGAACCUGGAUCAGUGCAGUGAAAAGUUCAUGUCUGGUGACAAUGGAGCUGAUCUGAAAGAGAAUCAAAGACAAAAUUUGACUAGCAGCAGUAAGCCUGAUACCGAGAUCUUGUCUUCAUGCCAAGAUGCAGCUGUCACUGAGCCUGCUGCUGCUGAUUCAAAGGAAUGGGUUUAUGAGCAGCACAAUCCUGUUGAGUCGUUAGAGAGUGUUGUAACUAAAGAUGUCUUAGAAACAGGCCAUGAUUCUAGUUGUGAACACAUCACUAAAGACAUUGCAAGUAAUGUUAUGUCAGAUCUAAGCAGAAGGAUAGUCAGCUUUGCAGAAGAGCCCAGUCUGGGAAUUGUGAUUGACAGAGGAGGAGGUGAAUCUCUUGCAGUCUCCAGUUGUGCAGAAACCUUUGAAGCAGUGCAAACAGAAAAAACAGAAACAUGGAGCUCCGAAACGCUAAAGAAGAGAGUCACUUUUGGAGAAGUCCUGAGCCCAGAAAUAUUUGAUUAAGCUUUACCUGCAAAUACUCCACUGCACAAAGGAGCAAGCCCAGUCAGACAUCCAGGCCUACAAAGCAACAGCCUUUCUUCAAGGUCAAGUUUCCUUGAGGAACCGUUCCUGCAGCUGAGCUUUGAUUGCAGCAAUGAAUGUAUUGAGCCUCUUCAAGAGUCACUGGAGGAUUCUGUUGCUGCAGAAGACCUUUUACCUGUUGAAAGUGCAGAAGCAGAAAGUGACAAAUCUGAUAUGACAAAAACUCCUUCUUCUACUAAAAGGAAGUGUAGCACCAUUUCAGAGGAGACCGAUUUCAGCAUCUCAAAAGCCACAAGUAAUCAGAAUGCUAAGGAUACUCAAAAUCAAGGAAAGAACAAGGUUCAAGGACAAAGGACCGUAACCAUGUCUGCUCGGCAGAACUUGCACUGGUACAAGUCUCCUAUCACUGCCUUCUAUUCGUCUUCAGGGAAGCUACGUUCCAUGUUCACGUGA